CUUACUGGGCCGGGGGCUGGGGUGGGACCCGGUGGGCGCCAUGGAGCUGCUCUCGGCGCUGAGCCUAGGCGAGCUGGCGCUCAGCUUCUCGCGGGUGCCGCUCUUCCCCGUCUUCGACCUCAGCUACUUCAUCGUCUCCAUUCUCUACCUCAAGUAUGAGCCAGGAGCAGUCGAGCUGUCCCGGCGCCACCCCAUGGCAUCCUGGCUGUGUGCCAUGCUGCACUGCUUUGGGAGUUACAUCUUGGCGGAUCUGCUCCUCGGGGAGCCCCUGAUCGACUACUUCAGCAACAAUUCCAGCGUCCUGCUGGCCUCAGCCGUCUGGUACUUGAUUUUCUUCUGCCCACUGGACCUCUUUUACAAGUGUGUCUGCUUCCUGCCUGUGAAACUUAUAUUUGUGGCCAUGAAGGAGGUAGUGAGAGUCCGAAAGAUCGCCGUGGGUAUCCAUCACGCCCAUCACCACUAUCACCACGGGUGGUUCGUCAUGAUUGCCACUGGCUGGGUCAAAGGCUCUGGCGUCGCCCUCAUGUCCAACUUUGAGCAGCUGCUCCGAGGGGUCUGGAAGCCAGAGACCAAUGAGAUCCUGCAUAUGUCCUUCCCUACAAAGGCCAGCCUGUAUGGAGCCAUCCUCUUCACCCUUCAGCAGACCCGCUGGCUCCCGGUGUCCAAAGCCAGCCUCAUCUUCAUCUUCACCAUGUUCAUGGUUUCCUGUAAGGUGUUCCUGACGGCCACUCACUCUCACAGCUCCCCGUUUGAUGUUCUGGAGGGCUACAUCUGCCCUGUGCUGUUUGGGGCUGCCUGGGGGGGUGACCAUCACCACGACGACCAUGGUGGGUCCCACGGCGGGUCCCACGGCGGCGGCGGGCCUGGCUCCCCGCACUCAGCCCUGCCUGCCAGGUCCAAGGAGGAGCUGAGUGAGGGCUCCCGGAAGAAGAAGACCAAGAAGGCAGAUUAGCGGGUGGCCCAGAGGCCUUGCGAGGUGCCGGGGAGAAGAUCCAGACCCAGGACCCUCAGAGCUGGUGUGGGGGCAUCCUGGGCUCAGCCCUCCGCUCUCCAGGCCUCAACUUCCCAGUCUGCAAACUGGGGCCAUCAGCCCGCCCUCCAGGGCUGAUGUGGGGGGUUAAAUGAGAUACGGGGCUGAGGGGCAUUUGUAGGAAUGGAGGGGUCCCUCUCUUCCUGCCAGGCCACCAUAGCAACCCAGCUUUAUUUGGGGGGUGGGGGAGGCCCACAGAAUCCUGACAGUGGCUCCAGCCAGAAACUCUAGUGGUAUAUUCUUGGCUCUGUUAUUUCCUCUCUAAAAUGACAUCUUGACUCCGAAGGAAUUUCAGGUCAAGCUGAGAGUCACGAAUUUGAUGGACAUUUCCAAAGUACCUGCUGUGAGGCAGCCGCUAUGACUUCCACCUCGCUUCUUGCUGCCUCCUCCUGGAUGGCACCGGGCAGGCUGCCUCCUCCGAGGCUUCUGGUCCCCAUCUGUAUGGUGGGGACCCUCAGCCCUCCUCCCCAUGAAGUGUCAGUGUGCGCCCGGAUGUGAGCCAGCCUUAUAAACCCCUUAAGCACCACGCAGUCGGGAGGGGAGGCCUUGACGGAUCUUCAUUGUGCUUGAGAGCGGCUUUGCAUUUUAGAUGAUUUGUGUCUGUGGAUCGGAGCACCCCACAACUUACCUGGCACAGAGGGGGCUUCAGUACACACAUCUAGGCCAGUCUGCAGAGCUUGGAGGGUGCGGGUGGCUUACUCUGAUCUUUGGGUUCAGGCUGGAGCUAAACCAAAGAAAUGCAGCUGGCCGGUCGGGGGUCCCAAGAUCCAGCUCUGUCAAGGGCCUCUGAGCCCCUGCUCUGGGGCCCCAGAAGCAUCAGGCCUCCCUUGUGCUGGCACCUCCGCUGCUCAUUCAGCCCGUCAGAGGAGUCGGCUUGCUCUGUGCCAGGCAUUUUGCUGCCCAGCGGCUGGGCAGCCCGGAACAUGCUUCAGGGUAAGUGGGGGGAACAGUAGCUGAGCCCCUCCCCCCCCACCUUUCCCCCGGCCAUCUUCAUCUCAACCUGUAUCACCGGGACAUCCAAGCAGGGGCGGGUAGAUUAGGUGUGGCCUGUCUGCGGUGGGGUUUGGGGCCGGACUGGGCCGGCUUAGAGCUGUCCUCUGCAUGUGGGUACUCCGGGCACCCCCCUACCGCUGCGUCAAGAUCCACAUGGGGCCGGCAGGGUUGCAGAUGUUGCCCAGCUGUCGGGAAAGUGCCUUGAUUCUGUGACACCCGGGAGCUGGGUGAAUCCUGAGGCUCCGAGUUCAUCGUCUUGCAUGUUUAUCAAGGCUCGGCAUGAAGGUUCAGCAAAUAAAUCUGUUUGAAAGAA